AUGUCUCUCGACGCAUCCUCGCUGUUCUCCGUCAAAGGCACCGUUGCUGUCAUCACCGGCGGGGGAACCGUGAAUGCAUCUAACAAACCAGGCCUCGGCCGCACCAUCGCCCUCGCCCUCGACGCCAACCACGCAUCCAAGGUCUUCAUCCUCGGCCGUCGCGAGAACAUCCUACACAAAGCCUGCUCCCAAGCCACCAACGGAUCCCUCAUCGCCAUCCCAACCGACAUAUCAUCCAAAGAGUCCCUCGAGGCCGCAUACAAAGCCAUCGCCGCCCAAACCACCCACAUCGACCUCCUCCUCGUCAACAGCGGCAUCGUGGGCCCUCCAACCGCCCUCCCGCCUAACCCAGACCGCACCGCCCCUCCCACCCUGCUCGAGUUCCGCGACCACCACUUCUCCCACCCCAUGGACUCCUUCUCCCGUGUCUUCGACGUCAACGUCACAGGAAGCCACUACACCAUCCUCGCCUUCCUCCCUCUCCUCGCAAACGCGAACCUCUCCCGUCCCUCUCCCCAACAGGAUAUUAUCGCCCCGCCCCGUCCCCAAAUCAUCAUCACCAGCUCCAUCGGCGGAUUACUUGACCGUCCUGCGGGGUUCGCGUACGGCCUCUCCAAAGCCGCCCUACGACACAUGGUAGGAGUGUGGUGCUCGCAGCUCGCAGAGCAUCAGAUCAGGGUGAACGGGAUCGCGCCGGGGCUGUUCUUCUCGGAUAUGACAUGCCCGAUGUAUGAGCGUUUUGGGAUCCCGGGGUCCGGGGUGAGUGAUGGGUCGUUUCCGGCGGGACAUAUUCCGGUCACGAGGGGUGGGGGGGAGGUCGAUGUUGCGGGAUUGGUGCUUUGGAUGGCGAGCUUUGGGGGUGGGUAUUUGAACGGCGAGACGGUUGUGUUGGAUGGAGGGAGGAGGAGGGUUAUUGCUUAG